GCACUGCAUGCUGGGGGCUGUUAGCGGAAGCGACGGCGACAGUGUUGUUGUGGUGAGAGCGAAGCUCCGCCGUUGUUCGGUUCUGUACGUCCCGGUUUGAGCGCACGGACGGGCAGCGCUGGUACCGUGAAUGCGAGGGGAGGAGUCUUCGGAUUCUGAGUCGGGGAGGAUGGAGGAGAGUUCGGUCCGGAGGAGUUUGGAGGUGCUGUGUCAGGAGCUGAAUAUGGACGAACAGACAGCCAGUGAGGCCAUGGAGAACUUCAGCUCCAUAUGGAACACAUACACGCUGGAGGGGGAGGUGGUCCACUGGCUGGCCUGCUCUCUAUAUGCGGCCUGCAGGAAGGGGUCCACCCCCACCGUGGGGAAGGGGCUGAUGGAGGGCAACUGUGUGUCCCUGACCAGGAUCCUGCGCUCCUCCAAACUCAGCUUGAUCCAGUUCUUCUCUAAGAUGAGGAAGUGGGCCGACAUGUCAAAUCUGUCACAAGACUUCCGGCUUCGGAUGGACCGGCUGGAGCGAAACUUUGAGGUUUCCACUGUGAUCUUCCGAAAGUUUGAGCCCAUCUUCAUGGACAUGUUCCAGAACCCUCAGGGCAGCGAGCCCCCCCGGCAGCCCCGCAGCAGGAAGCACAGACGGCUGCCCUGUCACAUCAGUGACGUCUUCAAGUUCUGCUGGACUCUCUUUGUCUACACUAAAGGAAACUUCCGUAUGAUCGGCGAUGACCUGGUGAACUCGUACCACCUGCUGCUCUGCUGUCUGGACUUGGUGUUUGGCAACGCUCUGCUGUGUGCAAACAGGAAGGACCUCAUCAACCCGUCUUUCAGAGGUCUGCCCCCACAGUACCGCACAGACGGCCAUGUUCUGCCCGAUGAGCCCCCCCCCUGUGUGCUGGAGAGGCUGUGUGAGCUCCAUGAUGGGCUGGUGGUUGAAGCCAAAGGCAUCAAGCAGCACUACUUCAAACCCUACAUCCAGAAGCUCUUCCAGAGACAGAUCCUGAAGGGAAACCCGGAUCUUCUGACGGAGCUGCUGGACCCUCAGAACUUCAUAGACAACAACAAAGCCAUUAACAGGGAGUAUGAGGAGUACGUGCUGACGGUGGGGGACUUCGAUGAGCGGGUGUUCCUGGGAGCCGACGCAGACGAGGAAAUCGGAACUCCGAGGAAGGUCCCUCCAGACCGAUCUGCCGGUCCGAUGCAGCACAGCGUGGAGAAGCCCGCCUCCCUGGCUCCAUCCACGCCGCUGACGGGGCGGGUCUACCUGAAGGAGAAGGACCUGCUCGUCACUCCUGUCUCCUCGGCGACGCAGAGCGUCAGCCGCCUGCAGAGCAUGGUGGCGGGUCUGAGGACGGCCCCCAGCGAGAACCUGAUGCAGAUCUUCAAAACCUGCUCCAGGGAUCCCAGCGGGUCCGUCCUGGCCCGCGUGAAGAGUCUGGGUCAGACCUUCAAAGAACAUUACACCAACGACUCGGAGGACUCUCCCGGUUCUCACAUAGACUUUGCAGAGAACCGGCUGAAACUGGCAGAGAUCCUUUACUACAAGGUUCUGGAGAACGUUCUGGUGCAGGAGACCAAGCGUUUGCAGGGCAGAGACAUGAGUGCUCUGCUGGAACAGGACAUCUUCCACUGCUCGCUGAUGGCCUGCUGCCUGGAGGUGGUGCUCUUCUCCUACAGCUCGCAGAGGACCUUCCCCUGGAUCAUCCAGGUCUUCAAACUGGCCCCGUUCUACUUCUUUAAGGUGAUCGAGGUGUUCAUCCGCUCUGAGGAGGGCCUGUCCAGAGACAUGGUGAAGCACCUGAACUCCAUCGAGGAGCAGGUUCUGGAGAGCAGAGCGUGGACCGCAGACUCGGCGCUGUGGAGCGCCCUGGAGGCUGCGGGGAACAAAGUUCCCUCUGUGGAGGAGGUGAACUUCUCCUCCUGUCUGGACUCGGGUUCCUCUAACGGCGUUCAGCCUCACCUGCCGCUGGCGGCCCACUCCCCCAUCAUCCACCCCCGCAUCCGGGAGUUCAGGGCGGGUUUGGGGAGUGCCCGGAAAGAGGUGCCCCCCUCCCCGCUGUCUGUGCACGACAGGUACAGCUCUCCGGCGGCCGGAAGCGCCAAGCGGCGUCUCUUCGGCGAUGACCCUCCAGCUCCGUCCGUGGGCCUGACCUCCCCCGCGGGGCCUCUGCCCUCCCCAGCCAAGAAACUGACCUUCAGCUCGAGCGGCAGCACAACGCUGAAGAUCGGCGGCCAGGGCGCUCAGACGACGGUCGUGAGUCUCCCGCUUCAAGGCGUGAGCAGCGACCGCACCUUCACCCUCAUCCCCGUCUCGUCCUGCGAUUCCUCUGGAGUCGUGACCGCCCAGUUCCUGCUGACGUCAUCCCCGAGCCGACCCGCCGCCGUCGCCAUGACAACCGAACCCCAGGCGGGAAGCGGCCGGCCGCGGCGCACAGGAUCGCUCGCCCUGUUCUUCAGGAAGGUGUACCACCUGGCCAGCGUCCGUCUGAGGGACCUGUGCAUGAAGCUGGACAUCUCCUCCGAGCUGCGCGGGAAGAUCUGGACGUGUUUCGAGCACUCGCUGGUCCACUGCACCGACUUGAUGAAGGACCGCCACCUGGACCAGCUGCUGCUCUGCAGCAUCUACAUCAUCUCUAAGAUCACCAAAGAGACCCACACCUUCCAGGACAUCAUGAAGUGUUACCGCAGCCAACCACAGGCCAGCAGCUAUGUGUAUCGCAGCGUGCUGAUUCGCCGGACGCCCAAAGACCUGUCAGCUGAUGAGAACAUGGAGGAAGGCUCUGCCUCUGAGGAAGACUCCGCAAAGAAAACCAACCAGCUUCCAGGAAACCCCAAUCCCAUGGAGGAGGAGCGCGGCGACCUCAUCCAGUUCUACAACGCCGUUUACGUGGUGAAGAUGAAGAGCUUCGCUCUGCGAUACGCCACCAGCGAGAACCAGGCUGACGCGCCGCCGCUCUCGCCGUUCCCGUCGGUGCGGGCUCAGCCUCUGUCGCCCCGCCGGGUCUCUCAGAGCCACUCGCUGUACGUCUCCCCCCACAAGAACUCCCCCGGCUGCUUCUCCCCCAACUCCUACACCUACAGGAUCAACAGCAGCCCGUCCAAGGAUCUGUCCGACAUCAACCGGAUGAUCCGACAGGGCUCUGCCAGCAGGAAGAGGGCCUUCACCAUGGAGGGGGACGUGACCAUGGCGUCCGCAUGUGACUCGCCAAGUAAGAGGGCGUGUCCAGAGAACGGCGGUAGCCCGGACGUGCUGCUGAAGCGUCUGCAGGACGUGGUGUCAGAGCGGCAGAGCCACUGACGUCCUGCAGGACAGACGGAGGGUCACACAGGAGACCUCUGCGGGGGUUCUGCUGUACAGAAGAACUUCUAUAGUUCCACCUGCAUCCUGCAGUAAAAAGAAAACAGCAGCAUUUUGACUUCACCUGGUUGGUCUGCAGAGGAUUUUUCUGUUUGAGGUGCAGCUAACGCCACUAGGGGGAGCUCUCAGGUGGAGCGACGCCGCUUCACGUCAUCAAAGAUGAUCUGAUAAGGUCAGACGGCGUUACAGACGGACAGCCUCACCUGGUUUAGAUCAGGUCUGACUGAAGCUCAGCACAUCACUCCUCAUUUUUGGUUUUAGAUGUUUUUAGGUCAUUGUUGAGGUGAAGCAUCCCUCAUUUCCUACAACAAAACCAACCGUGACCCCCCCAGCCCAUCAGAGCUCUGCUCCCUCGGCUUCACAGAUAUUUUCUUCUAGAUAAAAAAAAAACCCGUCAACUUAAGAAAAAUAUUCUCCUCCUGGUCAUUUUAUCUGUGUUUUAUUUUCUUUUAGCAGUAAUUUAUUUUCCCCUUUCCCAUUGACUAGAGGAAAGCACAGGUUUCCAUGACAACAGCAGACCAUGUUUCCUCACAGAGUUUUGCUGAACAUUUGAGAAUUGUUUUCAUUCACAAAAAAUACUAAAGUUUAAAUCAUUUAAAAAAAAAUGGAAAAGGAUCAGAACCUGUUAAUAUUUCCUCUGACGGUCUUCGCUGGUUUUGUAAAAAUCUUUGUUUAAAAGGGUUUGGUCUUUACGCCAGAUGUCUGUCCUGACACAACCCUGUAUGUUUAGGACAAAGGGAGACCCGGCAGCGUGAUUUGUCUGAGGACCCUCACUGGAUUUUUGUAGCUCAUUGGGAAGUGAACCCCUGUGAGUACAAAAACAUUUCCAGUAUAUCUAGAAAACUUAAUUCCCAAACUGCAGGUCUAAGAGCUUCUUUAAGCACAUUUUGGCAUCAACUCCAGAAGUGCUUUCAGGACAAUAUUGCACAAGGAAAACCGGCCAAAUUUUUGGCACAAAUGGAACCCCAUCGGCCCACCUCAGCCAGACUCUGCCUUCAGUGACCCCGAGGUCAACUGAAUUUGAAAACGCUGCUCUAAACGAUUAGCUACUUUUAGCAACUCUGAGCAGACUUUAGUCCAGCAGCCGUUCUUACACGACGCGCCUACAGUGACGCAUCAGAGAAUGAUCUGGUUUUGACGUGUAAAAGAUGCACACUCACACCUAAUGUUGAGGAGGACGUAAAGUGUUGUCACAUUUGCUGGAGCGACUUCUAUCGAUGUAGUCUCAACUGUUGCAUCCUGCUGCUUAUGUCUGAGUAAUGGAGCAGCCAAUCACAAGAGUCUCCGCCUCGUCUGGUGUGAUUGACAGACUCAUUCUGCUGGAAAAGCUCACUGUGAAAUAUUAAGUCAUUCUUCAUAAAAAUAAAAAAAA